UAGAGCUUAGAAAAGCUCACGACUCACCAUCGACCAUCAUAAACCAACCAACCGUCGGACUGUUUGAAACACGCGUCCAGACUCCUGAGCAGAGAACAUCUCUGUCAGUCUGACCUGACUGUGUGAGACAGAGAGGAGGAGAGUGACGUGCGUGCGUGCGUGCCCGCGCGCGCGGAGGAGCCACAGAGGAGAGAGAGAACUCCUGAUGAAUGAGCUCUAAGUGUCAGAGGCUUUUCUUCUUCUUUUCUCUCUGCUUCUGUUGGCGGACAGCAGGACUCACGAUGGUGAUGAUGGGAGUGCGGGAUUUAAAGGACUUAAAACCGACCUGCGGAUUCUCGCGCUGACGAAACAGCUCUUUCUGCAAACCAGUGAGAAACCAGUGGCGAUGGACCUGCGUGCGUAAUGCGUGUCUUUGAGGAGUCCGCACUGCUUUUUUGCACAAAAAAUGCGUGACUUUUGCUCGCGUCUGACUUUUUAAAAAAGCGCCACACAUGCUCCACAUGUUUCUUCUCGCGCCGUGCGCGUGAGAGAUGGCGACCAAACCAAACCGCACCGGUUCAACUGGAUAAUGACAGUUUGCGCCACAGGUGAAUCAACGUCUGCGCAGUUUUCACGGCAGUGACUGUGGUUUUUGUGUGAACCAGUUUGGUUGUGUUGCACUGCAGCGACACAAUGGACCUGAAAGCGGAAAGCGAGGAGCCGGACUCGCACCUGCAGCCUCCACCCUUAGAAGUUUUCGCGCACAGGUCGACGCUGCACGGAAUCUCCCACAUCUUCACCUACGAGCGCUGCUGCAUCAAACGCUGCCUGUGGGUCGUGUUUUUCCUGGGCUCCCUCGCCUUCUUGCUGUACGUGUGCGUGGACCGGAUCCACUUCUACCUGGAGUACCCGCACGUGACCAAGCUGGACGAGGUCGCGGCCCCGAUCAUGACGUUUCCCGCCGUCACUUUCUGCAACCUGAACGCGUUCCGCUUCAGCCGCGUGACGCGUAACGACCUGUACCACGCAGGAGAGCUGCUCGCGCUGCUCAACCAGAGGUACGAGAUCAGAGACAUUCACCUGGUGGAGGAGAGUGUCCUGGAGAGCCUGAAGGUCAAAGCCGACUUCCACAACUUCAAGCCGCGACCGUUCAACAUGCGGGAGUUUUACGACCGCACGGGUCACGACAUCAAGGAAAUGCUGCUCUCCUGCCACUUCCACGGCACGGAAUGCAGAGCGGAGGACUUCACCGUGGUCUUCACUCGCUAUGGGAAGUGUUACACCUUUAAUGCAGCAGGUGAUGGACGCUCUGCCCUCAUCACCACCAAGGGAGGUAUGGGUAAUGGACUCGAGCUCAUGCUGGACAUUCAACAAGAUGAAUAUCUGCCAGUCUGGGGAGAAACAGAUGAGACAUCAUUUGAAGCUGGGGUCAAAGUUCAGAUCCACAGUCAGGAUGAGCCGUCCUUCAUUGACCAGCUUGGGUUCGGAGUGGCACCUGGGUUCCAGACAUUUGUUUCCUGUCAAGAGCAAAGGCUGAUAUAUCUGCCUCCGCCGUGGGGAGACUGUAAGGUGACGCCCAUGGAUUCAGACUUCUUUGACAGUUACAGCAUCACAGCCUGUCGCAUCGACUGUGAAACGCGCUACCUGGUGGACAACUGCAACUGUCGCAUGGUGCACAUGCCUGGCGACGCUCCGUACUGCACCCCCGAGUUGUACAAGGAAUGUGCUGACCCAGCUCUCGAUUUCCUGGUGGAACGAGACAACGACUUCUGUGUUUGUGAGACGCCGUGCAACAUGACCAGAUACAACAAAGAGCUGUCCUUCGUCAAGAUCCCCAGCAAGGCCUCGGCCAAAUAUCUUGCCAAGAAAUACAACAAAUCCGAGCAGUACAUUAAGGAGAAUAUCCUGGUUUUAGACAUCUUUUUUGAGGCUCUCAACUACGAGACGAUUGAACAAAAGAAGGCUUAUGAAGUGGCUGGACUUUUAGGUGAUAUUGGUGGUCAGAUGGGACUCUUUAUUGGAGCAAGCAUACUCACUAUUCUGGAGCUGUUUGACUACUUUUACGAGGUGAUAAAGUACAAACUGUGUCGCUGUUCCGAUAAGAAGCACAACAACACUGACCAGGGAACAGUCCUGAGCUUGGACGAUGUCAAGUGUCAUGUCAGUAAUUUUCACUAGGCCUCUGCAGCUGUCAGGAGGAGGAGGAGGAGGAGGAGGAAGAGGAGGAGGAGACGCUCCCUCAUCUCUGAGCGGCUUCAUGAACAGCUUUGUUCAAAGCAGUUUUGCCGGAGCAGACUUCUGUGGCGACAAAGCGUCUGAACUGUGCCUGGUGAAGUAAUGUUGUUUGAGCAGCGACGAGGUGGAAACAAUACGUGGUUCAAACAGCCACACAAACAUCUGGACAGCAGACUCAACAUGUGACAGAUUCAGUAAAUCAAGGCAUGAAGUGAACUAAGGUUCAUCUGUAUUCAGUUCAACUGUGGUGUCAGUUUGAAGGAGAUUUUUUGUAAAAUAAUUUUAUGUGACAGGGUUGUUGUUUUUAAUGUGCAUGUCACCACUGUGUAUAUAUUUUCAGCCCUAACACUUUAUAUUACAGGUCUGGACUUUCUACUUAUCUGCACACAGUGUCCUGAUAAGUUUCCUGAAAGUAGUCACAUAAUUUCCCCGUUAAUUCAGGUCACAAAGAUAGCGAUUGGUUGGUUUACUCGCAGUGAAGCCAAACAAUAGCAGGUAUAUGCUGAAUAUACUAAAUGGGAAAUGCAUCUACAAGCAAAUUCAGUAUAAAGAAAAAAUUCUUUCCCACUUGUGAAUAAAUGAAUCCUUACCAUUCACAGGUUUAAAAGGAGCUAGUCCCUAAGAAAUUCACCGGACGUCAACACACUUAAUCAAAAUAAACGCUGGAGUUUCACUAUUUUUGCCAUAAAAUUAACACCAAUCCAGCCUCUGUGUGUAACAUUUAGGAGGCUUUAUUGACAGAUAUUAAAUAAACUACCAAUAAGUAUGUUUAGAAUAAACCGUUGAUAUGUACUUUAGGCAAAGGGGCCUUUCUUUACAGAGGCAGCCAUCUUGUGUUUUUACCAGCCAAAGAAAGACAUUUUGAAGAGAAGCUUGUUACGUAAACGACGAAGAACAAUAUGCUUUGUGGUCUGCAAAGGCCACCAUAGUUCGUCCAUAGGGGUGAGCGGAGGCGUCUAAACUCACCAGUAAUUACCCCGUUUUCCACCAAAGGAACUUUUCUCAUUUACCCGGGAAUUGGAAAAAUUCCCGGGUGUGUUUCCAUCAAAACUACCUGGGGAAAAACUUUCAGAUUAGGGACUUUUCAGAUUACCAGGAACUCUAAGAAGAACUCUCUGAAGAACGUUAAUUGGUGGAACACAUUUUGCAGCUGUUUCCAUGAGUAUUUAAACCCCUCCAGCGACUCUUUUUCAAAAAAGGGACAAGACCUUUUCUGGUCUUAUUAGAGACUUUUGGAGACGUUCUAAAGGUCUGUGUGAAUAAUUCGGAUGCGAAUUAUGACGCGGCCGCCGUGUUAAAUAUUUUGACUGUACAUCAUCAACAACACUGAUUGUGACAAGAACGCAAACCACACCGAUUGAUGGGAAUUCUUUUCUCCAGCUAAAUAAUAAUGUCACUAAUUAUUAACACUUAACCUUUAAGAAAUCAAAAACAGCAGACCUGCAAUUCUAAGUGUUCAAUUUGUCUUAAACAACACAUUUUCAUUCUUCCCUUGGUUACAUAUUUUUAAUGACAUCAUUCCUUUGUUGUUAAAUAUAUUUUGCCGGGUGACAGCGUCCUGACGACUUUGUGAGCUGAAAAAACAUUUAUUCAAGUAGACGUGGUUAUGAAACAAUUAAACAGAGACUAAAACCAGACCACACAUGGAUGUAGCAUCGAGGUCAAUCAAGUGAAUUGACACUUAGUAUGGUGCAGAUUUCAUUCUCAGCAUUCAGCGGGUAAAACAAACUGUACAGUGUGUAGUUGUGUCAUUAUCAAGCACAAUCCUACCAUCAGCUAUAACUUCUUGUAUAUAUUGCAAUGACAUUUGACAAUAAUAUGAACGUAUUUGCAAAGACUUACCUGUUUAAUAUUGUACUUGUUGUAUUUAUUUAAUACGGACUUGCUGUGUGUGUCUCAGUUCAGUUUCUGUGUACAUAUUGUAGAUGGAUUAUAUUUAUCAAACGCAGUAUUCAAGUAUGCAGCUAAUGUAUUUAUAUUUUUGCUCUGUAUUCAUACGAUAAGUGUAGGAUUGUUGUUUUUCAGUGUCCACAGCAUGAGGACAUAUACAAAUUUAAAAAACAAACUCAGCUUAGUGUAUAUUUGUGCCUCCAUUUUUCAAAAUUUUCUUUGAUAUAUGAAGGAACGGUUGUUUUUAGUCUGGUGAUGUAUGGAUAAAUAAUAAACUUGCAGCAGUUGUGAUAUGAAAGCUUAAAUGCUAAUUUACUGUAUAUGUAGAGUUUUUCCACAUGACAGUCUUCUGUGUCGUCAUUUAAACUGAGAUGAUAUGAGCAAUUAAAAAGCUGCGGUUAGUUAAAAA